AUGUUACUGUCUUUUUUAUCGUCAUUCAUCGUCGUGUGCGUCCAUUUGAGCCAUGCGGUAACAUUUCGCCCGGUUGUUCUGAUGCACGGCGUUACAGCAACAGCAGCUGAUAUGAAUGAGCUAGCUGGAUGGAUCCGUGACACAUAUCAAGGAAUCUAUGUCGUUUCCAUUGAAAUUGGUAAUGGUUAUGAAGAUUCAUUCCUAUUUCCACUCAAUAAACAAGUGCAAAUCUUUUGUCAAACAGUAUCAUCCGAUCCCAAACUACAACAAGGUUUCAAUAUGAUUGGUGUUUCACAAGGAAGUCUCAUUGUUCGCGGCGCUGUCGAACGUUGCUCCUUGCCUGUGUACAACUUAAUCACCCUCGUUGGUGUUCAUCAAGGCGUAUUUGGUAUUCCUGGUCUGCAAAUGCUUCCACCGCCAAUUCGCGAACUAGUCUCCAAGUAUGCAUAUGAAGAUUCGGUGCAAAAGAUCGUGAGCGUCGCCGGUUAUUGGCGUGAUCCUUUUCAACUGGACAAGUACUAUGCAAAGUCACAAUAUCUUCCUGACAUAAACAACGAAGGGACAACAAGAAACGAAACCUAUCGCUCGAACAUGUUGAAAUUGAAUGCAUUUGUGAUGACUUAUUCGGAUAUCGAUGAAGUUGUGUCACCACCUGAAUCUGGUCUGUUUCGAGGUUUCAAAGCGAACUCAGUUGCAACUGAAGUAUGGAAUGAAACGAGACAGUAUCAAGAGGAUUUGAUUGGAUUGAAAACCUUGGAUGAGCAAGGAAAGCUGUACCGAUUCAAAUGUCAUACAAAACAUCAAGAUGCUCAACAUACACCUGACAAAGACUUUAUCUUUGAAAAUGUUUUGCCUUUUUUGAAUAACACGAUUUAA